AGCUCGGAGGGAGAUCACGUGGGUCUUCAACAUGGCCGCUUCCAGCAGCAGCAGCUUCAUCCGCCUGCGGCUGCUCUUCGACUAUCCUCCGCCGACCACCACCGGCUGCAGGAUGUGCUGGCUGCUCGUGGACCUGAGCGCGUGCCGCGUGGUGGCGGAUCUGGAGAGCAUGAUCAGGGAGAAGUUUGGGUUCAGCCGCAGGAGCGUCUUCCAUCUGUUCGUAGAAGACUGCUACCUGCCGCACACAGAGAGCAUCUACGUGGUGCGCGACAACGACAGUGUCAGGGUGAAGGUGGAGUGUGUGGCCCAGGUGAACGGACUCGACAGCAGUCAAGAUACAACCAAGUGCAAAAAGAGAUGCAGAGACUCUGGGGAGGAUGGACAGGGAGACGAUGGUGCGAGGGCGAAGAAGAAGCAGAGGAAGAAGAAGGAAAGAUGUGAGGAGAGAAUGUCAGAGAGUUCCAAGCAGGUUGCAGCUGCUGACGAGGAAAAGAGGAUGAAAAGAAAGAAGAAGAAAAAGAUGGCAGAGAACAGCUGUGCUGCUGCUCCCAAACCAACUGCUGCUCCACCAGAACUCCCAGUUAAAGUUAGCCUACCAGGUAAAAUCCCCAAGAAACCCCAAGAAGCCCCAAGUAAAUCACAGAAACCCGCCUCCAGCAGCAGCAGCAGCAGCAGCAGCGAUGAGGAUGGAGCUCCUACGAAAACCCCCUGCUCCACUCCUGCUGCUCCUAAACCAGGUUCCAGCUCAAAACCCACCCAGAAAAUCCCCGCCUCCUCAUCUUCUACUGACUCCUCCUCAGAUGAGACUCUCACUGUUAAAAUCCCACCAAAAACCAGACCUCCAGCCCCCCUCGCCACCACCUCCCCAAAGUCUCAGCAGGCUCCUUCAGGUGGAAAGAACCAGUCUGUAAACUGGACCAAGAACCAGUCUGCCAGUGUGGGUGAGCUUCCAUGCGACAAAGUGAUAGAACCUCAGAAUUCAGACAGCGAAGAGGAGAUCCAGCUGGUCAUCCGACGUCCACUGCAGCCCGCCCGAGGCCGCGGCGCGGGACGAGGCUGGCGUGGUGGUCCUGCAGAGCGGGGGAGGUCUGUCAGGGGUCAGAGAUGCUUCGGGUCCAGCUGUGAUGGUGACAUGGAGCCGUCCUACAGGACAGACUCCCUGACAAACAAGUCCAUGGUCCUUCAGAACGGAGGCGAUGGCGCUCCGAAGCAAGACUACAGCUCCCUGCCGCUGUUAGCUGCCCCCCCACCAGUGGGCCAGAAGAUCGCCUUCAAGCUGCUGGAGCUCACAGAGAACUACACCCCAGAAGUAUCUGACUAUAAGGAGGGAAAAAUCUUGAGCUUUGAUCCAACCUCCAAACAGAUAGAGCUGGAGCUCCUCAGCACCUCUCAGGCUCCUGUAGAACCCGGUAAGUUUGACCUGGUCUAUCAGAACCCAGACGGCUCAGAGAGGGUGGAGUACGCGGUGUCCAGAGGAUGCUGGGUGACGGAGCGGUGGGAGUCUCUGCUGGAACCACGACUUAUCCUUUAAAUCCACCCUGGGUGUUUUACAUCCAGCUUGGUUGGAGUCAGAGAACAUGAACUUUAUCUGGGGGUCCAUGAACUGAAGGUCACCUCUCAGACCUGGACCAGGACCUGAUGCUUUUAUUGUUUGUGGUCAUGUGACCAUGAGUAGUUUUUAUUUUCAGUGUUUUUUUUAAUAAAAUCUUCUGUCUUGA